ACUGCACUUGGUCUUUUUAAAGAGGCAGUGGAUAAUGGUAUUUCGGAUGCUCAACUUCGAUCCCGCCGCACUUUUAAUAUAGGUGUUAUUUAUUGGAACAGGAAACUAGGACUACCAAAUGAUAAAGAGAAGAGCAAAAAAAAAACUUCAAAAAUCUUAAAAAUUUAUAUUGUAAUAUACUUUUCACUUAAACCAUCUGAUACUCAAUUGCCAUUACCAAUUUUGAUCGGUUCCGCAUCGUUCCCAUAG